AUGAAUGAGGAGGAGUAUAUUCAGGAUCCGUUUUCGAGCGACGGCCUGUGGAAAAUCUCGGAGUUUACACUGCAAUGCCUCCCGCCGUUGGACUCUCUGCCGUGGGAUGGGAAAUUACCAGAUCUUUCCGGUGGCUUCUUCAAGUUACCUCUUGAUCUGUUCGAGAAGGAUGCGCCUCGGAUUCCUGAACUAGAUGUCUUCGAUACCAACUUCGCCGAUCCGGAACCCGCAUUGCUACCCUCAUUAGAUACCUCGAGUGAGAGCCAGUUUGGAAUAAGCGUGAAGGGAGUUGAUGGGCAGGAACAGGCCGAAGAGGAAGAACAACCUCUUGAUAACAUCUGGGAUCUAGAUAUGAUCUUGCACAAUCCGUGCCAUGAAGUUUCAUUGAAAUCCUGGGAGAAGUUCCUUAACCGAACGCACCGUGACAUCGUAUCCGCAUACUUCAGCGAGUCCGGCGCCAAAGGCUUCGACGCUGCAUUAGCACACCAGGCUGCAAAAAUCAAUGCUCCAGAAAAGAAUCUUCUUGUUCGCAAUGACUCCUUUUUCCAAGCCUUAUAUAGGCUCGGAUUAGGCUGGGGCUCCCUGUUUUUUCGCUACAAUCAACAGGGUAAGACGUUCGAAAUCGUGCACAACAACCUCCGUAUCUCUGGCGUCACUUCUACUACUCUCAAGGCGGUGACAGACGAUCUGAUCCAGUGCGGGAACAAGAUGCAGAGGAUCCGACGUUUCGUGGAUGACGUCCCUCUCAAGUCGAAUGAGUUAUCAACACUUGGCGCCUUCUCCAGCGCAGCAGCGGUCGUCAUCUACACACUCGAAAAGCAACUCGCCAGACACGCGACCCGUAUUGCUUCGUUGCUACAAAUCAAGAGCCUCUUCAUGCAAAGCGGAGACCUCGUGCACGUGCUAGCGGACAUGGUCGACGCUGUCCAGGGAGCAGUAUCCGAAGCUCAGUUGAUCUCCGUUGUCCUCGAACGAGCGGCCCACUUCUCGCAGGUGUAUAGCCAAAUGGAGCCUCUCCUGCGGCAAGUCAUUACUCGGGUCAUGGAGCCCUGGCUUUCUUACGUGGAAACUUGGGUCGGGUUCCAGCCUGAAACGUCGACUUCGAUCGAGCUCGCAUCUACUGGGAGGACUUUCGUGCUUCGAGAGACGCACGAUAACCAUACAUUCGCUUCCCGUGUGACAAGUGUCGAUUAUAAGUUCCUUCCAGAAUUAAUGCCCUCUUUCGUCCCUUCGGACCAGGCAAAGCUUAUUUUUGAGACCGGAAGGACUUUACGGCUUCUGAAGCGGAAUCACCCACAACAUCCCAUUGCAAACCAUGCAACCUAUCGUGCUGAUUCUAUCAAGCUUGACUGUGCUGGCACCUGGCUCGAUAUUGAGAAAAUCCAAAGGAACGCAUCUGCGUAUGAGGCGAGGCUGCGCGCUGCAAUCUUAAAGUAUAACCGAAAAGCACCCGUCGAGACAGACACUGCUCCAACUCCCGAUGCUUCAGCUCCUGAGACGCACAGCGAGAUUGAGGGGACAUAUGAACUUUUCGACAUCGACAAGGCUUCAAAGACAGCAGGUCUCCUACCAGACGACGAGACUAUAUCACAAAAUCAACUCGGGCGCCUGAUUCAGGAAGCUCAACCGCUAGACGAGUCUCCGCACCUCCAAGAGAACGACCUAAGUCCCGAGCUAACAUCCUCACCUUACCUGUCCCUCGCGCCGCUCCUAUCCUCCCAAGCCAUUCUGAUUGACUAUUCCUGCCUUCACAUGCUAUUCAAAGAACACAACCUGCGCACUCACCUCACUCUCCAAUGGCGCUUCCAACUCCUGGGAGAUGGCUUCUUCGUCACCCGCCUCUCUAACGCCCUCUUCGACCCCGAAAUGACCAGCGGCGAGCGCAAACCUGGCGUCGUCCGCACUGCCGUGCACACAGGUCUCCGCCUAGGAACCCGUAGCCGCCACACCUGGCCUCCCGCCAGCUCCGAACUACGCCUCGUCCUCAUCGGCCUCCUUGACGAAUCCUCCUCAUCCUCCACUACCACAAGCAACACGAACACACCCCAGCCCCAUGACCACCUCAGCUUCUCCAUCCGCAACCUCAGCGCGGCAGAAGUUCAACGCGCAAGAAACCCGCACGCCCUCGAAGCCCUCGACUUCCUCCGCCUCAUCUACACGCCCCCUACCGACGUCCUCUCCACGAUCCUCACCCCGACCUCCCUCGCCAAAUACGACCGCCUUUUCCAACACCUCCUCCGCCUCCAGCGCAUGCUCUCCGUCGCGACAACCCUGAUCCGGGAUUCCACAGCCCGCACCUCCCUCUCCGGCGACACGCACAACAUCUACCAGCGCUUUCGCGUCGAAGCGCAGCACUUCAUCCUCGUCGUGAGCGACUACUGCUAUCAUGUCGCCGUCGGCGCAGCCUGGACGCGCUUCCAGGACCGUCUCGCCCGCAUCGAGGACUGUCUAGCGCGGGGGGAUAUCGACGGGACCAUCGAGGCGGCAGGCUCGGUACAGCAGCUCCGCGAGAUGCACGAGGCCGUGCUGGAUGAGAUGCUAGAAGCUAUGCUUAUUAGUGAGCACAACCUCGACCCGAACCUUACCACCCAGGAACACGACGCCGCAAACCGACUGGAGAAGGGAAGGCGGUGGCUAGAGGCGUGCUUCGCUUCGAUUCUGGAGUUCGCGCCGUUGUCGAGGGUGGAUGGCGCGGAGGGUGUGAGGGGUGGGGAGGCCGUCGAGGAGGUGCGCAGGUUAUAUGCGAUGUUUCGGAAGCAGAUCGCGGGGUUUGCAGUCUGUUUGCGGGGAGGCGUGGAUGGUGGGCACUUGUGGCACAGAGAUUCGGUUGCGCCACCGGUAGGAGGACGGAGGGUGGCGGGGGGGAAGGGCCCGGAUAGUGUGUUUGAGCAUUUGUUGGCGCGAUUGGAGGUCAAGGCUUAUUAUUGA